UCAGCGGCCAUGGCUCACGGGCCCAGCCGCUCCGCGGCAUGUGGGAUCCUCCCAGACCGGGGCACGAACCCGUAUCCCCUGCAUCAGCAGGCGGACUCUCAACCACUGCGCCACCAGGGAAGCUUCUCAAGCUUUAUUUCUUCUUUAAAGGUCAACAUAGGCCACAGUGAUCUCAUCCUACUCUGAAUUAACAUCACUUAUUAUCUGGUUAUCUAAUAUUAGUACUAGUUUAUAAAUGUUAAUAGUAAAUGGCACUUAUUACUUACACUUGAGGUGGCUUGAACAAUGGUGGUAUAUUUAACACAAAUAAAUUAUGACUGGUUUUAAAGAACAUACGAAUGGUUAGUUAUAGAAGAUAUCUGGCAUUCUGGCUAUCAGGAAAGAGAUGGAAGAGUUCUCUGAAGAUACAAUCAGCUCUUUUUGGCAAAAAGACAUCAAAAAUAGGAUUAGAGACAAAAACAAAAUGCUUAGCUUAAACCAAGGAAGACAGCAUUAAGUCCAGUCACUAUACCUCAUCAGUAACAGGAGCAUGAGACCAUUUAUUACCAUUUUCCAUCCUGUACUGCUACACCACUUCCCCUACUGCAUUAUAGCGGGCUAUAUGCAGCCCAAGAUUCCCUUUUCUCUACAGAUUAGUGACCCUUUGUGGAAAGAGGUUCCUGCUCUAUCAUACAAUAAGAUUAAGCAGAUUGCCAAGGAUCUGAAAUACUUCCUUCAAUGGAGGAAUCACAGAUAGAGGCAGUAACAUCUUCUUGACUUUGCCAUGCAUACAAUGGAUGCUCACUAAAACCCAACCUGUCCCCUUAACAUGUAAACUCCACAGAGCAAGGACAGUGUGUAGUGUGUUCACUGUUGUAUCUCCAGUGCCUGACUCACAGUAGUUGAUGAUACAUAUUUUACUAAUGAAGAGUUAAUACAUAGUAUUAGAUGAAGACAACAAUACACCGAAGAAAAGUUUAAUAUUUUGUUCUACAAUAUAUCUGUUUUUGAGAGAGGUAAUCAUCUUUAUUUUAGAUUCCCCCUUUCCUACUGCAUCUGUUGUGCAGUGAGGACAAAGUUAAGGAAGUGACCAAAAUGGAUCAUAAACAUAAAUAGACCUAAAUGUGAAAGUCAAAACUAUAAAACUUCUGGAUAUAGAGGAAAACACAAGAGAAAAUCUUUGUGACUUUGAUUUCUUAUGCAGGGCACAAAAAGGACUAACUAGACAAGAAAAAAGUAUGAAGUUACACCUUCACCAAAAUUUAAUACUUCUGCUCUUCCAAAGACACCGUAGAGAAAAUAAAAAUGCAAGCCACUGAAUGUGAGGAAAUAUUUUCAAUUCAUAUACUCACAAAGGACUUGUAUCCAGAAUAUUUUAAAACCUUUAUAAUGAAAAGAAUAUAUAAAGAACUCUUACAAUGCAAUAACAAGAAGCCAAACACUCUAAUUCUUUAAAUGCGCAAAAGAUUUAAAAAGACUUCACCAGAUAUAAGAUACAGGUGGCAACUAAGCACAUGAAAAGAUGUUCAGUAUCAUUAAUCGCUGAGAAAAUGCAAACUAAAACCACAAUGAGAUAUCACUACACAGCUACUAGAAUGAUGAUUUUUUUUUUUUAACUGACAAUACCAAGUGCUGAUGGAGAUGCAGAACACUGGAAUUUUCACACAAUGCUGGUAAAUGUAAAAUUGAACAGCCACUUUGGAAAAGUUUGGCAGUUUUUUCUUCAUCAAGUUAAAACCAUUCACUUACCACAGGACCUAAGAUUUCACUCCAAGGUAUUUAUCCAAGAAACGUGUACAUAUCCUCAAAGACUUGUAUAUGAACGUUCACAGCUCGAAGUGGAAAAUAACUUAAAUGUCCAUCACCAGGUGAAUGGAUAUACUAAUUGUGGUAUAUCCAACAAUGAAAUACUACUCAGCAAUAAAGGGAUGAACUAUUGGUAUACACAAAACCAUGGAUGGAUAGCAAAAACGUAAUGCUGAAUUAAAGAAGCCAUACACAGGAUACAUACCGUAUGAUUCCAUUUACACGAAGCUCUACAGUAGGCAAAACAUCUACGGUGAAAUCUGAUCAGUGGAUGUCUGGGGUGGGGUGGGCAACAGGAGAAUUUGGGGAGGGUGAGAGAAAUGUUCUACAUAUUGACUGCAGAGAUGAUUACACGGGUAUAAACAUCUGUCAAAACUCAGUGAUUACACAUUUAAAAUGUGUGCAUUGGACUUCCCUGGUGGCGCAGCAGUUAAGAAUCUGCCUGCCAAUGCAGGAGAUAGGUUCAAGCCCUGGUCCAGGAAGAUCCCACAUGCCACGGAGCAACUGAGCCCAUGCGUCACAACUACUAAGCCUGUGCUCUAGAGCCCGUGAGCUACAACUAUUGAGCCCAUGUGCCACAACUACUGAAGCCGGGGCACCUAGAGCCCGUGCUUCACAACAAAAGAAGCCACUGCAAUGAGAAGCCCAUGCACCACAACGAAGAGUAGCCCCUGCUCGCCACAACUAGAGAAAGCCCACAUGCAGCAACGGAGACCAAAUGCAGCCAAAAAUAAAAUAAAAUAUUUUAAAAAACUUUUUAAAUAAAUAAAAUGUGUGCAUCGUCUUGUCAUUUCAAUAACGUUGAAAAAAAUAAUUAUUCUGCAACAGUUAAGGAGCUAUAUAAGUCUUUUUCUGUUAUCAAUGGUAGCUGGCCAAUAAGUCAUUACAGAGGUUAAUCAGUCCAUUGUGGUAUAAGAUGAUCCUUGAUCCAUCAGCCUUCUGAAACAUACCAGAGGAAUGGAUUCUCAGACCAGCAGAAAUAGAGUAGGUCAGGGAAUUUGCUUUACAAUUCACAGAAGUUAGAGUGUGAAUUUGCACACCCUCUUGUGAUUAACUCAAGUUAAUUUCCAAAAAGUCAGGCCUAAGCUAUGUUAAGAGGUGAAGAAAGGUAUUUUUUAUCAGAAGGUUAAUGCUUCAAAAGUGAAGAAUCCCCACCGUAAGAAAACAAAAUACUUUUGGCACAUACUCUGAUUGGGGUCUGGACCUUCCAAAUACGGCAGACAGUCAUCUGGUGUGUGUGCUGGCAGGGACACAUACACGGGAGAGGGACAGGAAUGCCUCCCUGGCCACAGUCUACAUGACACAGGGGAAGAAUGGCUCCUCCAUCAGAGGAGCAGGUUGUUAGAACAGCCAGAGGGAUAAGGUUUUUAUUUGUAACUGGACUCACAAAUGUUUAUUAUGAUCAUUUUUUUAACUGUCAGUCACUGAAAAGGCUUUCUGUGCAAGCACAGGAAGGGGAGAAAGCAAAGUAAAACCUGCUAACUGCCCUCUCUACCUGCCCUACCUUACCCUUCUCCUCUGCCCCAUCCCCUUAACUCACUGCCCCUCAUUCUCUAGUAAAGGUUAAAACCACACCAGAGGGACUUCCCUAGCGGUCCAGUGGUUAAGACUUCCACAGCUGGGGGGCAUGGGUUCGAUCACUGGCUGGGGAACUAAGAUCCCACAGGCUGUGAGGCGUGGCCAAAAAAUCUUCAAUACAUAAUUGAGAGGUAAAUGCUUCCAUCUUAAAACAAACAAACAAACAAACAAACCACACCAGAGGGCUUAGUUGAGCCAAAAGAAAAGGUAGGCCUAGGAUGCAGAUGCAGAUAGGUGGGGGAGGGGUGAUGAAGUCAAUGGACAUUUGUCAUUUCUAGCCCUCAGCAUCCUAAGACUACUCUGAUGUCCUUUCAGGCAACUGACUCUCCAGCUCUGUGUACAGCCUUGUUGGGAGAGUAAAAUCAAAUGUUUGCUCUCCCUCGACAGAAACCAAGGAGCUUCCCUAGGGGGUGCUUCCCCCAGAUCCUUUCUCUCUAUAUCCUGAUAGGGCCAUAGAUGGCCCUUGACCAAUCAAAUAAUCUCAUGCAACUUUUAUUUCUUUCAAAGAGUGAUGCAAGAGGCAAAGAAAUGGCUUGCAGUGGAGCCAGGCAAGACAACUAAGCAGUUCUUUCUCUUGGUCAGUUCCAAGCCUGGUUCCUUAGGUUUCCCUUCCACCCUGUGAGGCUUUCCUCAGUGGAGAAAUACAUAUUUUAAGUUCCCACCUUCCUCCCCUACUCCUCAACUUUUCUUAAUCCCCCUCAUCAGAGUUAACGUCUGUCACCAGUUUGGUGUGUUUUUUAUCUCAUUUUUGUUUUUAAAACAUGCAUGUGUCAUAUAAAUUGGAUUAUAUUAUACGUAUUGUUAUACAACUUGCUUUUUAUUAGCUGUGAUCUUCUAUUUCUUUUGUAUCUUAUCAUCAUCCCUGAUUAAAAAUGUACAUAAAAAUUCUACCAAAGUUGGAGUCUAGCGGUAGGGUGGGACUUGGUUAAUCUCACUAUUACACAGCCCAUAAGAGAAUGGGCUCAAGUUCAGCUGGCUGAACAAGGAUCCUAAGGAAUGCUAACUAUGUGCCAGGCUGUAAAGUUCUCACAGGCGACAUAAAGGUCCUUGAGCAGGGAAAUCUCAUGAUGAAGACAAUGUUUCGUGAAGAGUAACUUGGCAACAGUGAAGAUAAUAUAGACAAGAAGAAGGAGAGAUUGGACAGCAGGGAGACUAGCUCAGUGGCUAAUAGAGAAGAGUAGAUCUGAAGAAAUAAAAUUCUGGAUUACUGCGGUGGUCAGAAAAAUAGAGAGAAACUUUUCCUGAAUUAUAAUAAGGUAGACUAGUAGAGUGGAAGAAACAAAUGAUUGGAAUUAGAAGAUUAGAUUUGAAUUCCAGCUCUGAAAUUUAUUAGCUGUGUGACAUUUGGUAAGACACGUCCCUGCUCCAUAUCUUUUUCCCUGUCAAUAAGGUGAAGAAACUGGAAUAUCUUAAACUGGGCCUUUAAGUUUUGGGGUUUUUUUCCAGCAGAACCCCCACUCCCCGCAUAGGUAAAGGGCUCAGAGCCCCAGCUCUCCUUCAUUACACCUCUCAGCCACCUCUGAGGCAUUCCUGAGGAAAUCAACAGAGGACUAGUGCACAGCAUUAGAGAAUUCUCUAAACACUCUACUACCAAAUCUAAUAUUCAGUGACUCAGGUGGGUAAACUUGGCAGAAGUGUCUAGGAAAAUCAUACUGACCACAAUAGUUGCCACAGAAUCAUAUUAGAAAGGGUGAACUGACUUCUGAUAAAUCUGCCUGUUUCUCUUUACAGGUCAAAUCCAAUUAAAUGUCCAAAAUCUCAUCCAGUGCUUCUGCAAAUGGUAAUGUGACCUCUAUAUAAACAAUACAGUCACAAAUAAUUCACUGCCUAACAAUUCAGCUCAUUCCAACUUGAGGUCCUCUAACUAUUCAACUGUUCUUCCUUAUUAAGUCAAAACUGUCCGCUAUCACUGCCAUCUGAAAUAAAGGUCCUUAUUCCACCUUGUGAAGCUAAACCAAGUAAAUCUAACCCCUCUUCCACAAGACAGUCCUGCAAUUGUUUGAGAAGAGCUCUCAAGUCUACCUUAUCCCCCCUUAUUCUCUCUUGCUCUGGCCUACCAGGAAUGUUCCACAGAAGUGGCCUGCUCCAGUUUUGGAUCAAUUCAACAUUCUCUGAGCAUCUAAGUACAAGUAGAUCUGUACUUAUUCACAGCUUUAAAGACUUAAACAAAUCAGAUGGUCUUCCUUGAAACAAAUGACUGGCUUUAUAAUAAAGUGUAAAUAGAACCUAAAUUCAUUAUCUGGUAACCAUUAUUUUCUUACUAAACGUUAGCUGGUGCCAGUGUAUCAGAAGUAGAUUGCUAAAUCUUUUAACCCAAAGCAAACUGUGAAAACAUCUACUCAGGGAUCCAAAAAGAUCCAAGACUCAAGGUCCAAUGUAGCAAGGAUAAAUAACAUAAAUAAAGCUUAUACUCUCAUCAGCUCUCAGGGGAAUGUAAUUCUCACUGGUACAAAAGUUAAUUAUCACCAAGGUGACUUGCAAUAUCAGUGUUAGUAAGAAAGCUUCAUUCACCAUUCCUCAUCCCACCCAUUCCAUAUUCCACCACCAGGUCUGCAAAAUCAGGGGUCUGUGGCUUAGGCCUGGGUAUCCUCCAAUCUGGGUAAUUUGGGGAUGGGGAUUAGGAAGUGUGACUAAGUCCCUAAGGAGAAAGCGAGCUGGCACAGCCAGUCUGUGAUGCCUGUGGGAGUGCUGAGCCUUUACGGUUUCCUGUGCCCUGGUUGUCCUAGUAACCUGAGGCCUCCCUAUUUGUGUUGGCAUCGUGGGGCCAAGAGCGGAAGCAAAGCUGAAGCACCAGGAAGACUUGCAGGGAAAAAAUGCGGGUAAUGCAGCAGUUAUGCUCCAGGAAGGUCAAGCCUAGGGCAUAAGAAUUACCUCUCCCUAAGGGGAGUUGGAGGAAGAGGAGCACACCCAAGAACCCUUCUCCAAGGGGAAGGGGGCAGAGGUGUGCUCAAAGAGCACGGACGAGGAAGGCUCAAGGAAGAGGGGGAAAGAUGUUUCUGAGAAGGAAGGGAAGAGAAGGGAGAGGGACUUUAGGGACUCUCAGGGAGAGAGAUUAAAUGAGCGAUUUUUUUAAAGUGUUGCUUUUGAGAUAUGGGAGAUGAGAUAUAACUUUCAUCUUCUACCCCUUCUAAGAAACUUCCAACAAAAACUGACAUUACUCAUCAGGGCUUUGGGGGUUGGAUUUGUGUUUUUUUCUAGUUGUGACAACAUGUAAGACUGGCCUCCAGACAGAUCAAGAGCCCAGUUACAUAUGUGUUUACCAGGUCUGAGGUGACCAUAAGAUUUCUGGAGCAGCCAAAAGACAGCCAUGUGACAGUGUACUAACUCCCAGAGUUUAGAGCUAUGCUGACACAAGACUCACUCACCUCAUUCAGCUAUUUAAAUUUAAAUUAACUAAAAUUUAAAAUUCCAUUCCUCAGUCACACUAGCCACAUUUCAAGUGCUCAAUAGCCACAUGUGGCUAGUGGCUACUGUUUAGACAGGACAGGCAGAGAACAUUUCCAUCAUCAUAGUAAGUUCUAUUGAACAGUGUUGGAGUAAAGAAAAAAGCUUAGAUAAAUAGCUAACAAAAUACAAACACUUUCAAAUCUUUAAAGAGCUGCCACAUUGAAAAACAAGUAGACUCUUCCCAUAUGUUUCACAGAGCAGAACUGCGGGGGAAAAAAUGAGAUGCUAUAGCAAGGCAGACUUAGCUGAACAACCCUCUAGUACCUAAAGCUAGAUGACAAUAGAAUGGGCCACCUUCACCACAGGUGGCAGUAAUCCACUGCAUUCAGUAGAGACAGUUAAGCAAAGACCUCCUUGGUCAUAUUUCAGAGAUAACAAAGAACUAGAUGCCUUCUCAGCAUCUAGUUUUGAGUCUAUAAUUUUAAGAAAAGGGCAAUUUAUAAAAUGAGAUAAAAGUGAGAGUCAUAAAUGGCAUUUUAAAAGUCACUACUACCACAAGUAGACUGUGGGGCAGGCAGGCAAAAUUAAAGCAUAUAUGUAGAUAAGUAACUUCGUCAGAAUUAGUGAUGGUUAGCUGGGGGUUAAUUAUUAGUGGUGGGGCUAUCAUUUAUGUACCGAUUUAUAAGCAGAAAAAAAUUAAAAAGAAAAAAUUGGUAAGAAUGGUUCUAAUGGUGCAGAGACAAGGCCGGAAAACUUCAAUACAGGUCAUCAAGAGAAACCUGACUAUAGUUGAAACCAGUACCACAACCAAAGAAUCUUUUAUAUUCUCUGCCAGAGAGAAUAUGAGCUGUUUGGGUACAGCAACUGCCUGUUCUUGGGACUCUGGCCCCUUCAUCCCAUCCUCCUGCCUUUCACCACAGCCUUACAAGUCAUCUCUCUUAACUCCUGAAACUCAGCCACCUUCAAACAGUCUCUUGAUCUCCACAGGCAAGACUCUCUCCUCUCCUUCUCGUCUGAAUACAGAAUGCCAAAGGAUACUGUCUCUUAACCUUCUAUCCUAGCUAUGAAUUUACUCAACCUCAUCUUCCACCCCAAAAUGUAUUUGGCUUGAUUAUAAUGUAAUAUACUGAAUACACAUAGUCAUUUACUGACUUAUGGUUCUAUUAUCUGUGUACUUUGGUGUGUGUACAUAUAUGAGAACAUUCAUGCACACACAUGAGAUAAUAUCCAUUACUGGUAAGCAUUUAGGAAUCUGGCACCAGGAUUCUGAAAUGCACUAUACAGUGCCUAGCACGACACCAAGCUUAAGUGGUCACUCAAUGGACUUUACAAUAAUAGCCACGUCAUGACUCUGUAUGCAAAAUGUUGGAAGGCGAGACUGAAGUAGAUGUGAAUUUGGCGACUUUUUUUUCUUGUAGGAAACAGAAUGGAAGCAUAAGCAUCUUGUGCUGUAUAUAGAGGAAGAAUGUUUAAUCACGAGGAGAAGGUUGAAGCCUUGCUGAAAGUAAGCAUAAUAGAGUGUACAAAGAGUCCAGAAUAAGAAAAAAGUGAUAGAAGAGGAAGGAAGACAGAAGUGGAUCAUGCAGAAUAAAUAAUGCCUAACCUUUUAAAAAUCCGGGGUCUUACCAAAGAGAAAGGAAGAAAAAGAGAUUUCAACAUAAGAGAGUUUAAGAUGGAGAAGAGCCAGAAAGGGCUGUAGGCUUAAAAAAAACAAAAUCAAUGAAGAAGCAGUGGUGUAUGUUGGCAAAGAGAAGUGUAGAGUUGAGGGGAGGGAGAGAAUUUAUGGUAGAGGAAGCUGGUGUGAAGUUUUCCUCUAAAGAUGCCCAGCAGAGCAAAGAAGGAAUGAAGGCAAAGGCCACUAGGAAUAAGGUAGGGCUGGGGCUGAAACACCACAGGAGAAAACAACAGGGCCCAGAGUGGGAAAUUACAUUCUUUCUAAAAAAUUAACUGACCCAGAUUUUCUUGCUUGGGGCCAAAGGUAACUAGAAUUUAAGGAUCUUUAAAAUAAAUUAUAACAAUCCUAAUCCUUGCAAUUGCCUUUGGCCCAAGAUAACAUCAAUUUAAAAGAUCAUGAUAGAAUUAGUGUCAGUUUCUGACACUGUAGAGUUGAUUUUAGAAGAGAAACAAGACUAAUAAAUUGCUCUGUUUAUAGAAAUACUAUCCUGAAUAACAACUUUAGCUGUAUCUCUCUAUCAGCCACAGGGUAAAUAUAGAAACUUUAUACAGUUACAUACAUGUCCACAGAAGACAAUAAGUAACCUAACAUCUAUGGUAAAGCUGAGUUACUUAUCUUUCUAUACUGUAGCCCAAUGAAAUGUUUUACUGGAUUUAGGAUACAUAGUGCAAGUUAAAGGGCUGCACACACAAAAGUUAAGGUUAAAAGUAAAGACCAUAAGAUGAGGGAGAGGAAAACUAGAACUGCUAUGCUACUGACAUAGAACUGAAGCAUUAACAACACAAGAACUCCCACACAUCAGUGAGGGGAAAAUGGCACAAAAGCAAGACAAAGGAAAAGACUCGAUGCCAUAUAACUAAUCUUGGUAGCCUCACUUUGGGGUUUUAAAUCAAAUACUGAAUCAGAUUCUUCAACUUUUCUAUUUUUAAAAAUUCAACGAAAUUACUUAAAUUGCUUGAUAAAUGCAGUCAUGCAAUGUUAAAUGACCAUAGAAAUUAGAGGAUCAAUGCCUAAUCUUUUGGCAAAGACUGAAGGCGGCAGUAGUGCUAGACACAGAUAACCUUGCGUUUAAGCUCCUCCCUACUGCUUAGAGUCCAUCGUUUCUGCCUGCGAGGCCAAUCCGAAUUCCUCAUCUCGGCAUUCAAAGCCUUUAGUGACCUCGCCACAACUGUACCCAAAGAGCCCUAACUCCCGCUACUCCCUAUCUCUCACUCUCGGAGCGCACCGGCCUCUGGACGGACCUGAUCUCUGGGGGGGUGGCCAUUUCCCCUUUCCCGCCUGGGUGGAAGUCUCCUUCCAUCUAAGGCUCUGGCUGGCCCAGGCUUAUCCAGCACUCCAGCCAACAGCGCUCUCGCUCCGUAGCCCCGCAUUCCUCCCGGCCCUUUCCGGGUCUCUCCUCCCCGACUCUCUCGGUGUUGCCCCGGGGCCCCUCUCCCUCGGCUCCAGUGUUCCCCCGGGGACUCGCCCGCCUCCCCGGGCAGUCACAAGCUCUGCGGGUCGGUGGGUGUCUGUUAGGUGCUUCGUGCCUGGGCGAAACCCAGACCCGGACCCCUCGGGGCCCUCCCCCCAACUCUCUCGGGCGCUUCCACGACCCUCCCCGGGCUCCCCACGCCAGCCCAGCGGCCCCUCGGGGCUACAGCCCCCAAACCUCCCCGCCGCCGCUGCCAGUCCUUCCUAUCCUAUCCGGCGGGGGGGUCGGCGGUGACUCACCGAAGGGCCAGCGGCUGGGGGGUCGGAAUGCGCUCACUUCCUCCCCGCGCGCACCUGCCCGGAGCUGUUGGAGCGCCGCCCAGCCGAGCCUCCGGCGGAUGUUUUUCUGUCCCCGCGUGGGCAGCGCUCGCCAGCCGCCCCCUCCCGGCCCGAGAGCCAGCCGCCGCGCCCCCCAGCAACUGGCAUCGCGGAGUUGAGCCCUGACCACAGAACCCCCAGCCCCCAACACACGCGGCAACCACAAGCGUGGCCUCUGGCCCCAGAAGCUAGGCAGAUGCACACGCGAGCGCGCACACCAGCAGGCGUGCAAGAAGCGGGUUCAAACAACACCUCCCCGCCGCCCUCUCCCCCACCCAACGUCUGGGAAAGGGCUCCUGGCUCCGCCCCAGCCUUUCUUUCCAGAAGCCCCCUACUCCUGCCCCUAUAUGCCUACCUCAUCUUCAUUACAGGCGGCUAACUCUCACCUCUCCUGUCCCAUGACCUCACACACACCAAUCCCCAUCGGGGCCCCCCUGCCUACAGCAUGACCACCACCACCACCUUCAAGCUCCCUAGCUCCCCCCUCAUGUCCGCCCCCUAUUGGUUUGGCUCCAGGAUGCAGGAGCAGAGGGUAGUCUAUGGUCCAAACAUCAAGGGUGUCAGCCGGUGCCCCACAAAGGCACCAGCAGAGCUAUACACCACUGACAAGACUUCUGGGCCCUUCUAUUAGUCAGGCCUUCUAAUCCACCUGCUCCAGCCCAGAGCAGUCCAAGGCCAUGCCUCCCACACGCCAGCCUACAUCAGGGCACCUUGCUCCUCUGUGAGUUUUCUUUUUUUCUCUUGCUCCUCUGAAAUGGAAAGGAUAUCAGACCUGACUAGGGUGAAGGUGCACUGCAGUCCGCAUCUCCAGCCACUUAAGCUGUCUUCUUGGAAGAAAACAGAUAUGGAGUUUGGGGUGGACUGGCGAAGCUGUUUCUGAAUGGUGAGGAGGUGAGAGGAAGGGUAGCCCUCUAGAAAAGUCAGCCAGAAGUAGCUGGAUCUGAACCACUGGGUGGCAGGGAGUGGGAGUCUUGGGGUAAAUGGAACUAAAGACUUACAAGGAAAAAUAGAAUAAAUGCCAAAGUGAUCGGCCCUGUGGGUAGGAGGAGAAUAGCUGGAACAGGGGUCUUUGAAGUGUGAAAAAGUGAAAGAAAUCCAGCUUGAUUGGGGCAAUUAGUACCAAUGAGAUGGCCAGCAUUAGACUGGUCAGAAAGGAGAACUUGAGAGUUCACUUGAGUGGGGAUGGGAAGAAGUGGAUCAGAAUCCUUACCAGAAAAAGCAGGAGUCCUAAAGUUAGCUGGAAGGAUGGAAAAAGGAUACCUCUUCCCAGGGUAGAAGUGAGGAUACUGACCUAGGAAAAGUAGGCUUUAUUAGCAACACUGUUUCUCAAAGCAAACAUUUAGAAUUUGAAGGAUACACGGACCAAAAGCAAAAUGUUGCUGGAGGCAGGUUUUGAAGUUGUUGGGGAUGACAAGAAGCGUAAGCGUGAAAGGGGCAGAAGUCUGUGCCAGGAGAGAGCAGCCCCAGCAGAAGCCUUCAGCUGUGCACACAGAGCUGCUCACCAUCACUCAAAGAAAGGAACGUCUAGCACCAGCCACAGUAGUCACUCUUUUCAGAGGGCUAUGUGCCAGGGACAGUACUAGGAGCAUUACACGCAUUAUCUCAUUUCAUCCUCUUGACAACCCUAUGAGUUAAUAUUGCUAUCCCAGUUUAUAGAUAAGGAAACAGGUUUAGAGAGGUGAACUAACUUGCCCAAUGUCACACAGCUCUUAAGUAGAAUCAGGAUCUAAAUCCAGAGUCUGACUCUUUAACCUAUACUCUUAAUCACCCAUCUUUAGGUUCUCCAGAACUUGCAGGAAACCCAAAAAAGGAUGUCAGAGGAUAAGUUCCUAAAUUCUUAUUUCAUAAUGUACACGAGAUAAGAGGGGUAUCUCUGUGAAACUGGCGUGACCCAUACCAUUAGGGCAUUUAGAGAUGUUCUUUGAAAGAACCAUCCCCAGACAUGGGGAGAACCUUUAUUUGCAGUAUGUUUGGGGGUGAUGAACAAUGGAUAAUCUCUGGGAUGCCUGUAAAAAAGAGACACCUGCCCCCCAGCCCCAAUCUCUGAGGGGCAGCCAUAUCUCUAGGAUACUGCAAGGAGACCCUGCCCUAGGGUCUGAGAGAAACAUUCUCCACUCCAGGUGCCUGUUCACUCUCCUGGAGCCUCUGGCUGUCGCACCCUACUGCAUCUCCUCGGUUUGGCUGGGGCACAGGAUUAGCCAUCCCCAGGAAAUGCCUCCCUCCGGUCCAGGCAGGGAUCCCAGCGUACACACCCCUGGAGAGAGAGAGAGAGAGAGAGAGAGAGAGGGAGACAGAGCGAGAGAGAGAGAGAGAGAGAGACAGAGAGAGAGGGAGACAGAGCGAGAGAGAGACAGAGAGAGAGACAGAGAGAGAGAGAGAGAGAGAGAGAGAGAGAGAGAGAGAGGGAGAGAGACAGAGCGAGAGAGAGACAGAGAGAGAGACAGAGAGAGAGAGAGAGAGAGAGAGAGAGAGAGAGAGAGAGAGAGAGUGUGUGUGUGUGUGUGUGUGUGUUUUACAGGGCGGGGGAAGAUGGUGGAAUGCUUCCUCUCCAGGCCAGGGAAGAGUUCUGGGGACCACCUGGGGGCCCCCACCCCUCCCACCUCCUUGCUGGGGAAGUGCCCAGUCCAGUGCCCCUUCCAUGGCCACCUCCCUCCCCCUAGCUGUGUGGGGCAUGAAUCAGCUCUCACAGCUUGUUAAAGCUAGACCUCUUGUUUUCAUGCCCUCACCUCAGGAAACAGAGUUACAGCUUUUCCAGCUCUACUCAGCAGGGGGCCAGGGUCCUCACUUUAUAAACAUCCCCAAGCCUGUGAGAGGGCACGGAGAUGGUACGAGACAGGAGCCCAGGGGAGAAAGACAGAAACUAAGACUCGAGGAGAGAAACAAAGAAGAGACAAGGAGACAAGACCAGAGUAGCCUGAACAGAAGCCAGGAACGGUCCGAAAGGGCCGUACUGCAGAAAUGGCCUUAUGGAUGCUCUGGGCUGGACAGGUUAAGGGGACCCUGGGCGGCUGGGGGAUCACCUGCUUGGUGAUAUCUCUGCUCCUCCAGCUCCCAGGAGUCCACAGCAAGUGCUACUUCCAAGCUCAAGCGCCCUGCCACCAUGAAGGGAAAUAUUUCACCCUGGGCGAGUCUUGGCUCCGCAAGGACUGUUUCCACUGCACCUGUCUGCAUCCCGUCGGUGUGGGCUGCUGUGACACGUGAGUGACCACUGAGGGCCAGAGAGAAUGGCUCUGAUGUGCGUGACUGAGAUGGCCAGGGCAUGACUAGAUUGCUGCGGUGUGAGAAUGAACAAAGUAGCAGUAUGAAGUUGGCCGAACCUGAAGGUACCAACAAAAAUGUGAGAGAGAAGGCUUCAGGCUACAAAGUAAGGGGAGUGGGGGUGGAUCUGGAGGGAAAAUAUUCCUGCUAUGAAACGAAAAAAAUCCAUAUAUGGCAGGCAAGAGCUCGGUUAGGGUGGACAGGGGCACUGGGGGAAGAUAUGGGAGGAACGCUGGGAGGGGGGAUGCGAGGCAGGGAUAAAGGUGGACCUUCACUGUCCUGACUCCUUCCCCGUCCUUUGGUUCCCCAGGUCCCAGCAUCCUAUCGACUUCCCCGC